CACUGCGCAGUGGUGGCGCCGCGCCGCGCCAUGGCCCCCGCCGUCCUCGCUCGCCUCGCCCCCUCGCCGCCGCCGCCGCCUCCCCAGAAGCCGCCGCGACGGCGCGGCCCGGCACGCGGCGCCUCGCGGCGCAACUUCGCCAUCCACACCGCCGUCGCCGUCGCCGCGGCCGUGGCCGCGGCGCGCCCGGCCGCCGCCGCCGCAGAGGAGGCGCCAGCGGAGCCUCCCCGUAAGAAGGGCUCCCCCGAGUUGCUGGGCGGCAUCGCGAACACCAAGUCGUGGUCGCAGUACUACGGCAGCGGCUUCUCCAUCCGCGUGCCGCCCUCCUUCGACGACAUCUUGGAACCCGAGGAAUUCAAUGUCGGGAUGACCUACUACGGCGACAAGGCGAAGCCCAGGACGUACGCGGCUCGCUUUGCAUCUCCAGACAGGUCAGAACUUGUAAGCGUGGUAAUUAAGCCAUCCAAUCAGCUCAAAAUCACAUUCCUAGAGGCCAAAGAUAUAACGGACCUGGGCACUUUAAAGGAGGCAUCAAAGAUAUUUGUACCUGGUGGUGCAAAAUUAUACUCAGCUCGGACAAUUAAAGUUAAGGAUGAAGAAGAUAUAAGGACAUAUUACUUCUAUGAGUUUGGUCUGGACAAAGAACAUGUUGCUGUAAUGGCUACUGUUAAUAGUGGAAAGACAUAUAUUGCCGGCGCCACUGCUCCAGAGACAAAGUGGGAUGAUGAUGGUGUUAAGUUGCGAUCAGCUGCUGUAUCUUUGUCUAUUUCAUGAUGCAAUGCAGAAUACCAAUCAUUUAUUCAGAAUUUCUGUCUGCAACUGCAUAGAUGAAUUACAUCAACUUAUUUUUCGGUUGUGGAUAUAGGGUAAAUAUAUCUAUUAGUCGGCUGCAA